AUGAAUUUCCGAGUACUCCCUGCCCUGUGUCUCUUCCUGACCAUCGUCUCCCUUGCCUACGGCUUCAUCCAGCCGGUCAAUCUCGGUGAUCAUCGCCCUUUGACGCAUACUUCCUGGUGUUCUAAUCGCCUUUCAGCCCUCCGCUCAUCCCAAGCAGCCAUCACACCUCAAGUCAACGCCAAAAUUUCCAGUGUACAGCUUAGAGCAAAGCCAGACGAAGAUGAUGACGAAUUGCUGGAGGAAUGCAUGCUUGUAAUGAAGCCAUGCGAUCCCAAGGUCACCACCGAUGAUGAUGAAUGCAUUGAUGAGAAGGCACUCGAAACUUGCCAAGCGGCCAGCGAGGCAGCAGUACGGGCUAAGCUUGCAAACCUUGCGGCGAAAGAUGAUAAGGAAGACAGAGAUCUCGCUGAAGGAUCCUAUUGA